UAAAAGCUGAAGUAUCUUUGAAAAACACAGAAGUGAAAGAAGAAAAUUAAGUAUGCAUUUUUCCUCCGAAUUACAGCUAGGGUCGAAAUCUUAAGUGGACCUUCAUUUUCUGUUCUUCGUCUUCUUGCAUUAAUAUUGGGAAGUCCUUAGAGAUGGGCAUUGAGUGGACCAAUUAGUCUAAUUGUGAGCUCUGUGUAUUGAGCUUCCAAGGUCCUAUAUUAGUCCACAGUCAGCCUGUGUCUGCAGCCCUUCAGUGGAUGGUUCCUGACCAGUGAGCUGCGUGGCUGUGUCUCCUGCAGUGGUUCUGCAUCAGGAAGCUCCCAGCUGACAGCAUAUUCCUGGGAAUGCUGGGCACAGAGUCUGAGCCUUUGUUGGGCACCAGGUACGGGUGGGUCUUGGCAUGUGCACUUCUUAGUUGUGAUCCAGGAGAGAAUCAUUGUAAUCCUGUAAGUACAGAGUGAGCUUUUGGAUGUGCUAAUGAAUAUAGGGAGUAACAUUUCCUCGUCUUGAAGACAAAUUUCACUGUUUGAGUAGCCAGAGGGAAGAACACCAACAUGCAGUUUUUGUAUGAGUUGGUGAAGUUUUGUUUUCUGUUUAAGGUGAGGGUAUUGGAUAUCAUUUUGAAAAUUUCAUCUCUACCAGACUGGUUUCUGUUUUCCAUAGAAAUCUCACCGCAAACUGCACAAAAUGGAUUGGUCCUUUAAAAGUGUUUUCUUACCUCUAUGAAAGGACUAUGGAGGUGAAAGGAUGAGGAAGAGGAUGAAUGAAGGCAGAGCAUAAUAAGCUGAUAUGCAGGGCUCCCCAGGGUGAGUGCUGAGCAACAUGGUCUAUGUCUUUUUUUCAUUUCAUGUAUAUCACCGUGCUGUAGUUAUGCACGCCCAAUUUAUUAUACUUUACAAUAAACAAAGAAGAACAUUAUAAUUAUGGAACUUGUUCUUGUUUGUUAGACCAGAAAAAGUGCAGUUUUGUUUGCACUGGGCUGUCUGACCAUGGACACAGGGCAUCACAGGAGAAACCUGGCAGGCUGUCCCAUCAGCAAGCCCACCAGCCAUUUCUCUUGCUUACUCUGUUCUUCCUCUUGUGAUUCCUGGUGUUCACAGGCGGAACAGUGAGGUCGCCUGUUGCAUGCACCGUGGAAGAACAGCCACAGUUCACAGAGAGGUCACAGUAGGGGAGGCUGAUGAUCAUUCAGCACAGAUCACACCCUUGGGCCUCCUCCAGAACCUCCUUGAGCUCACCACAUGGUCCUCCAUGCUGGAAAACAGACCUGUCAAUCUCAAGGCAAACAUAAUGUUAGGUUUUGAUUUCAUUCCCAUUCAUAAAACUGUAAAGAUGCUAAAAAUGCCAGAGAUUUACCAGUGGUUAAGAUCUUUGGACCUAUACUGAAAAUGUCAAGUGGGAAAGAAUAAAAAUAAAAGCAAUCCAUCUGUUUCAGAAUCUCUCAGUCCAAUCCCUAACUCUGUGUCUAGAUUCAGCCUUGUCAUCUGAGUUGAUUUCCCAUUGAUGCAACUGCAGAGUAAGGAUAAAUACUUUGUUCUUCUAUUUGAAUAAUAUGGGAUGUAUGAAUAAAAUCCAGGCAAAAUAAAAUCUGAAUAUUGUUGUUACUGUUGGUUCUUACUAGGUUAAUCUUUAUGCCACUCAAUUAAUAUGUCCAGUGACCCAAAAUGACCAUUUUCCUAUCUCUGGAUGGGCAUUUUAAUUUUGACCUUACAGAUAUGUGUGCUGGGUAUUUGGGAAAAACGUCUCCUUUUUUUCUAUUUCUGACUCCCUGAGGCCUAUGCCCUGCUUGGCACAGGGAGGCAUCCAGAAUAAGUCUGUUCAGCAUUGAACCCCCAGCACCAUUUCUUUUCUAAAUUGACCAAAAUGAAUUUGGAUUAUCAAAUUGUGGCCUCCUGUCUGUACUUUCUUUCCUUUCAGCAGUGUCCAUGGGUAUAGACCCAAGUUAAAACUGUCUCCUUUCAGCAGUGUCCAUGGGUAUAGACCCAAGUUAAAACUGUCUCUCUGUGUCCAUGUUUUAGACAUAGGGACUCUUUAUUUUCAUUUUAUAUCAUCCACAGCAGAAAAAGUUUCAGAAAUCAUGGCAGAGAUUUUCAUGGGUUUGAAGAAAGGCAAGGAGGCAGAAGCUGAAGGGCACUUAACACUGCAGCCUUCCAUGAGGCACAGGUCAGAAUUUCACUUCAUUCCAGCCUCCAGUGCCCUUGACUAUGGCUUUUCUCCAUAAUAUGGAUAGUUACCAAAUUAUGGAUUUUUUAAAUUAAAUCACAAUGACCAAAUAUUUGGUGAGUUUCCAAUAUUCCUUUGGAGAUGGUGUUAUUUUCUGUGUUUCCCUUAAGCAGUGAGCAGGGAGAGGAGGAGAGAUUCGCAUACUGUGCACACACUGGCAGGUGGGAUGUGGGUCUGAAAUGCUACCUUCCUGACUCCAGCAUGAUCUCUUCUGCUGGAUCCAAGGGAAAGAGUAUUUCCUGAAUUUGACACAUUUUCUUAAGGAUUCAUCAAGGAGAGAUUAUUACUACUUGGGGUGACGCUUCAUUUUCCUGAUAUGUAUUAGGAUUGAGAAGAUAUUGGUAAUUCUGGCUGUCCUUGAAGGGCAUAAAUGUAUAUUAUUAAUAGCAAAUUUGAACUUGCAUUUUUCUAUUGGAAAUCAAUCACCUAGCUACAACCAACAUAUUUAUUGGAGUUGGAUAUUCUUAUUUGAGUGACAUGAAGAUUGGCAGAGGAUUUUGAAAUGAUUAUCAAAUUAAUAAAUUAUCCAAUUAAAAGAUUGUGUACUUUCAACAGUUAACACUUUGCAUUAGAUAAAGACUUUGCAGAAUGUGAAUGUACUUCACAGAGUAUAUUCUCAGGUUAAUGUAAACUUGCAUAUUUCAUGGGCAAUAGGUAUUGUUUUGCAGAAUACUUAAAUUAAGUAUUUUAAGUACUUUUAAGACAACAUUAUAAAGGAAAACUGCAUGGUAGAUGAUUCUGACAUGAAAACACCAAGAGAAAAUUACAUAUUGCCACUUCAAGACAAUAUCUGUGUCUGGGAGACAGGUUUGCAGGAGAAUGGAAAAAGGCAGAGAUACUAAGACUCAAAUUUCCUAUGUAAUAAUUCAGAUCUCUAGCCAGUGUUUGUCCUGGAAGAAGUAUUGUCAGAUUCAUAUGUUUUAAUAUAGGUGAUGAUGUUAUGGAUAAUAAGAAUAAGCAAUAUUCACGGAGCAUGUUCUACACACUAGGAUAUUGUUAGAUAGUCGAUUUCAGCUGUGGUAUAAAAAAAGACCACUCAGAACUUCACAUGUGGAUAUGCUGAUACAAUUAGUGUUGUAAUGACACUACUAUGUUAGAUAUCCUAAAAUAUGAACAAGUAGAAGUACAAGUUAUGCCACUUGAAAGAUUUGUUAAAAAAUUUUUCUGAUGACAGCCAUACAAAGUAGGUAAUUACUACCCCCAUUUUUACAAAUGAGGGGUUUUCUAAGAAGGUGUUACAUUAUUUUUUGUUGUACUCUAUUUUAUACUGUAUCUAAUUCAGUCAUAGUGAGAAAUGAUAAAUAAUGAACCUAAGUGUACUUCAUGUAGCCUAAAUAGGAGAAUUGAAAUCAAUGUGUCAGGAAUGACUGACAAGAAAAUCUAUGAAGAAGAAAUAAGUAGAUUGGAAAUAAAACUCUUGGAAUUUUGAGUCUUUACUUAGUGUUUAGAUCAUCAACAAUGUACUUAAGGGUUUAAGAUCAAAAAAUCAUGAUCCAGUUUUAUCAAGCCAGAUGGAGUACAGAAUCAAGAAAAUGAAAAAAAAAUCAAGGGGUAUUUUAUAUAACAGAUAUUUUGCUGAUAUUAUAUGGGUUGAUAAAAUGAACCUGCAUAAAAUAAAACUAUUCAAAGGAUAUUCUUACAGUAUAUGAUUUUAAAAUCAUUGACAGAUACAGUGCACACUAAUGCCACAUUGUGGUCAGCAAUUUUAUUCUUGUAAUCAUUUUUAUCAAAAUUUGAAGUUCACCAAGGAUAGGAUUUUUGUUUAUGUUAUUUAAUUUUUAAUUAGAAAACUUUAAUGAACAAAGAAGGCAAAUGAGAAUGAUGAGACCCCUUUGCAGAAAAUGGGUCCAUACUGCUUUCUUGUUAUAAUCCAUCAACCUUCAUCUAGUUGUCAGGAAAAGCAGUUCUUAUGCAGUCUCAAAUAUCUUGUCAAAGGACUUUGUUGAAAGGCCUUAGAACCAAAGGAGGUAUAUCAAACUGCUACUUAAUUUCCUUUAGAGGAAGAUCAUUACUUAUUCCCUAUUUUUUUCUUAAAGAUAAGCAGUAUUUAAUUGUGAUCAUGAAUUUAUUCCCUCCUUUUCUUCUGGACUUCUAACAUUGCUCAGUUCAAUGUCUCUCAAGUGAGUAUGGAAAGAGGGGUGGUUGAUGGAGAUGUGGUUUUUCACUAUUGAGAAUUAUUGUUGAAGUUGUGUGGACCUAAAACUUGAGGAUGACGCUUCAUUUUCCUGAUACAUAUUAGAAUCGAGAAGAUAUGGGUAAUUCUGGCUGUCCUUGAAGGGCAUAAAUGUAGAUUAUUAAUUUCCUGUGCAAACUUGAUUUCAAUGUUUCCAGAAUGAGGGGUGCCUGUUUUAUAUGUUUUUAAACAGUUUCUUUGCUUUUCAAAAGGUGUCCAAGAAAUAUACAAGCACAAAAUUUAACCCGUGUCUCUGAAUUCCUACUCAUGAGCUUCUCAGAGGAUCCAGACCUGCAGCCCAUCCUCUUUGUACUAUUCCUGUGCAUGUACCUGGUCACCAUCCUGGGAAACCUGCUCAUCAUCCUGGCUGUCUGCUCUGACUCCCACCUCCACACCCCCAUGUACUUCUUCCUCUCCAACCUGUCCUUGGCUGACAUUGGUUUCAUUUCUACCACAGUUCCAAACAUGAUUGUAAACAUUCAAACUCACAAUGAUAUCAUCUCCUAUGAGGGAUGCCUGACACAGACGUCUCUUUUUACCAUUCUUGUCUGUAUGGAUUAUAUGCUUCUGACUGUGAUGGCCUAUGACCGGUUUGUGGCCAUCUGUCAUCCCUUGCAUUAUCCAGUCAUUAUGAACCCUCGCCUCUGUGGCUUCUUAAUUUUGGUAUCAUUUUUGCUGAGUCUUUUGGACUCCCAGCUGCACAAUUUGAUGAUCUUAAAAGUUACCAGCUUCAAGGAUGUGGAAAUUUCCAAUUUCUACUGUGACCCUUCUGAACUUCUGAAUCUUUCCUGUUCUCACAACUUCUCUGAUGACUUUGCCAAGUAUGUUCUUAUUGCCAUCUAUGGCCUUUUCCCCAUCUCAGGGAUCCUUUUCUCUUAUUAUAAAAUUAUUUCUUCCAUUCUGAGGAUCCCAUCCUCAAGUGGGAAGUACAAAGCCUUCUCUACCUGUGGCUCUCACCUGGCAGUUUUUUGUUUAUUUUUAGGAACAGGCACUGCAGUGUACUUUGAAUCAGCUGUAUCACAUUCUCCCAGGAAGGGUGCAGUGACCUCUGUGAUGUACACUGUGGUCACCCCCAUGCUGAACCCCUUCAUCUACAGCCUGAGGAACAGGGACAUUAAAAGUGCCCUGAGGAGGGUGCAGAUGAGGACAGUCUAAAACUAGCCCCUGUGGGGUCUAGUUGCAAUGCAUGUUUGGAAACGAAACAAAGCCAAAUACCUGGUCCUGUUCAUGUGCCCCACAUGCCAAUUUCUCACCAAGAUUUAUAGUAGAAUGGUUGGAAUUCAUGCUGGAAAAAAUUAAGAAAUAGUUCUGUAGGUAUCUGGACCUUGAAUGUGAACAGCUGUUAGAAAUUGGUCUGUUUGAAUCUGGAAUGCCCCUCAAAGACUUGCAUGUUGAAGUCUUUGUCCUAAGAACAGCAAUAUUCAAAUGUUGGGUGAAAAGUGGAUGUUCCAUGAGACCUCUAACCUUAUCUGUGGAUUGAUUCCCCCCUCCUCUUUUCCCUCUUUCCCUUUUUCCUUCUUUCCUUUCUUUCUUUCUUCUUCAUGCCAGACAUGAGGUAAGCAGCUUUCCCCUAUCAUGCUGUUCUUCUGUGAUGCUCUGGGUCUCCUCCAGCUCCAAGCAAUGGAGCCAGAUGAUAAUGGACUAAACCCUCUGAAGGUAGAAGCCAAUACAAGUUUUCCCUCCUUUAAGUGAUUUUCUUCAGGUAUUUUUUCACAGUAACAGAAAGGUGACUAACACAGAAACCAAACAACUCGGGUGCAUCCACUUAUUAUAUUAAGACUCACUUAUAUGGUAUGGAGAAGCACAGGAAUUUUGAAAGUUUCAUUGUAAUCAGAAACUAAAAAAAACGAAUGAUGUUUGUCUCUAGGGUAAUGCCACAUAGCAGUUUAAAGCCUUCAAAAUAAAUGUAUGUACUCUUUAGAGAAACUUUAAACUACAUGUUGAAACAAAUCAGCACAUUGCAGGGCAAUAGGUUUUUAUGUUGCAUACUACCUAGGUGAGAUUAUGUACUCUUUUAGGCAUGUGCUUAAGAAAACUAUUUAUGUAUACAAAAAUAAAUGCAGAAAUGAAACCAGUGCCAGGAAAAUCUACCCUCAAAAUUUCUGACAGUAAUUGCCACUUGGGCAGAAAUAUGCAAGAGGAUAGUAUCAUACAGAGAUGCCAAGACGUGAAAUGUUAUAGGAAUUCAUUAAAACUCCUACAAGAUUUAGUUGUCAAGAACAGUGAUUAUAGAUUUUUGAUGAUGAAGUGGAUUUCUGCAGUUUUUCCUUGACAUUUUUAUCGGUGCAUUUUAGUUUUGUGUGCAGUGUUGGGAUCUAUUGUUACAUAUUUGUACAUGCACACAAUAUAACAACAGAAUUCGGUCAGUAUAGAUCCCCAGCACUCCCCCUCCAUCCCGUCUUCUGCUCCUCUCCCCGUUCAUUUCCUCUACUCUCCUGACCUCCCUUUGUCAUGCAAUAACCCCUGCCUUUCUUUUCCCUUUUCCUCUCUAGCUUCCACAAAUGAAAGAAAACAUGAUUCUUGACCUUCUGAGUUUGACUUACUCCACUUAAUGUAAUGUUCUUAUGUUCCACCCACUUUUCUGCAAAUGACAUAAUUUCAUUUUUCCUUAUGGCUGAAUAAAACCCUAUUGUGUGUAUUCACCACCUUUCUUUAUCCAUUUAUUCAGUGAUGGACACCUAUUUUCCCUUCAUGUUACAUUAAAAAAAUUCACUGAAGAAUAUUAAUCCUACAGGAUAGUGGUCUUACUGUAGUGUAUGGAUACAUGCAGGUGACAUACUUGGUCAGUGAUACUCCUAAGCCCUUUCUUGUCUGUCACUUCUUCCCUCCCUGUGCACAGUUCCCUCAACCGUAACCCUCUGCCCCCUACUUCACGACAAGUAAUCCUUUCAUCUCACUAUGAAGUCAUUUCCUGCAUUGGAACAAUCCUAUCCACAGGUGAGAAGGAUGAAGCAUUUUUUGUGUGGGACUCUUCUGUGAUUUAUUUGUUAGUUUUUUGGCUCUAGCAUGGAAGUGUCUUGUGUUGCAACUGUGUCACAUUCUUCCAGUGACAUGGACUUCCUAGUGGCCUAAGUGAUGUAUCCCACGGGCACCUCUAUGCUGCAUCCCUCCUGUGCAGCCUGAGGAAGUCAACAUUAACGUCCCCUCUGGAAGCUCCGUGGCAGAACUGUCUAAUCUCAGGAUCUGAGCAUCCAGCUGGGAUGUAAUGUCAGAAAAUGCAGCAAGAUUAACAUAUUUCCUAUAAAUCCAGCUUCCUAGAACAUACUGUUUUUGUAUGUUGACGGGUUUAAUUCCUUAUAUUUCAUAGGCAAAUGGUGGUCACCAAGGUUGUGGCAUUUUUAAAAUGGAUUCCCAAGUUUGGUUUGAGUGCAUGAAAAAUUUGUGGAGAUGUUUGAUGGUAAUAGUUGCACAACAAUGUGAAUGUAACUAAGGCCACCCAAGCACGGACUUGACAUGGGUAACAUGGUACUUUUUUGUUGUUUAUAUUUUCUUCUAAUAAAAUAAACAUAAAAUCAGAUGAAUCUCUGCAAAAUUUAUAAGUGGAAGGAGUGAAGCGUGUGUAUGAGAUUUCUUCUAAGCAGAGGGAGAGUCCACAUGUUUUGUGGACAUUCAUUUCUCCCUCUGCUUCCCCUCCCCAUCUCCUUUUCUUCCUCUUCCUCCUCUUCUCAUCCAUUUACAUUAGGAGGUUCUUUGAGACUGGGAUAAUGUGAACCAGUUUGGCUAACUGGGAGCUCUGCAUUAAGCCUCCAAGACAAUACAAUAGUCAGUAAUCAGGCUGUGCCAGCCGUCCUUCUGUGAGUGGUUCAUGUCCAGUGAUCUCUGUAGCUUAAUCUCCCUGUGACACUCUUCACCAGGAGGCAGCUAUAUAAUAAUGCAGUACUCCGAUGAAUCCUGAAGUCACAGUCUGAGCUUUCACUGGGCAUCAGGCAUGGGGAGGUCUUUACUUCUGCACUUGUUCAUGAACAGAGACACUUCAACCAGUAAGUGCAAAGGGAUCCCAUGCAUUAGGGGAGGAUUCAUGGAAGUGUUCUUUCCUUAUCAUGAGAACAAACAUGUUAGUUUAGGUAACCUGACCCAUGUGCAUUCUAAUAUGCAAAGUUUCAACUAUGAGAAUUGAGACCAUUUAUGUUCUUGUUUAUGGUGCAGAUACCAGAAACCUUAUUCAAAAUUUGCUUUUUACCCCACACUGUAUCUACCUUUCAUAAAAGUCUCACCCAUAAUAGCAAAAAGUGGGUCUUUCUAAACAGUUCUAAAAAGAUUAGGAAGGUGAUGGGAGGAUGAGACAGAGGCCAAGAGUAACUCUCACAUCAUGGACUGAUAGAGAGGGCUUCCUGCCUGCCUGCACUGAGUGCUCUGAGUCACUCGUUAAUUUUUAUGCAUAUCAUCUUAUUUCAUAUAUAUAUACAUUAGUAUUAUUUUACAGAAAAUGAAAGGUCACAUUAUAUUUAUGUAAAUAAAAUUGUACUAGUUAUUAGGAAAAAAUGAAGCCAUGUUUGAAUUGGUCUCUCUGGUUAUGGACACAUGGCUUCAUACCAGGAGAAUACUGGCAGAUUGUCCCCUAGGCAACCCCAACAGUCAUUUCACCUCUUGUCACUCCAGGAGGAGACCUCUUGUUCAUUGUCUUCUGCCUUUUGUGGGUUCUUGGUGGGUCACAGGACAGAAUAGUGGGAGGAGCCACUUGUAUCCAUAAUAGAAAGAGUAUCCAGGAAUAAAGGGCAAAUUUGCCAAAAAGUGUAGCUGUGUCACAGUUCUGCACAGAUCUCUGUCUUGGCUCCCUUGCAGGACCCCUUGUAGCUGAUCACUGUCUCCUCCAUUCUUAAAAUCACCCCAAUCAGCUUUUAAAGGACUCACAGAGUCCAGUCUUGAUUUGAUUUCUUGAUUUGCCACAGGAAACAAGAAAGAAUUUAAAAAUGUACUUGGUGAAGACAGCAGGUCCUCUGCUUAAUACUUCCUAUUGGCUGGGAGACAUUAAACACGUCAAUGGAUUGGACUCAAAAAUCAGACAAUUUAAAUUUGAAUCCUGUCUAUGUCACUUAUUUCUACUUUGACAUAGGACAAGUUUUUAGUGUCCCUGAGACUCAGUGGACACUAAAAUAUGAAUGGAUUUCUAGUCUAGACAAGUGCAUUGAAUAUGGAUUCAAUAGAUAAUAGAAGCUUCCUAUGGGAUUAAUUUAUAAGGUAGGUAUUAAAAGGGGGCAAAAAUUUAGAUAGUGUUAUUAUUAUUUAUAGUGAUGAGGUUAAUCUUCAUAGUAUUUACUGAUAAAGGGGUUAAACAUAAAAACCCUUAAUUUUAUUUCAAUAUAAUCUAUGAGUCAACAUUUAAUAUCCUGUGACCUGAAGUUACCAUUUUUCUAUUUCAAUGGGAGUUUUCUUUCUUUUUACUUUUUCAUUUUUUUUUGUACCAGGGAUUGAACACAGGGGCACUCAACUGCUGAGCCACAUUCCCAGACACUUUGGUUUUUAUUUUUUAUUUUGAGACAUGGUCUUGCUGAGUUGCUUAUGGCCUCGCUAAGUUGGUGAGACUGGUGUUGACUUACCAUCCUGCUGUCUAAGCCUCUGAGCUGCUGGGAUCACCCAGCAGGACAUUUUAAUUUUGUUGCUGUAGAUGUCUGUGCUAUGUACUUGGGGAAGACUGAUUUUUUUUUUCUUUCUUUACCAAUUCUCAAGAGAUAACCUUUGCUUGCCACAGAAGAGGCAUCAAAAAUCUAUUAAAGUUUGAAUCACCCUUUCCUUAGGUCACUAAACUGGCCCUAUAUCCCAUUUGAAAAAUGCACUUGGUAUUUUCUGUCUGCACUGUCAUCCCUCUUGUCCCCCUAGAACUAGAGACACGUUAAAAUAGCUCCUUUUUUGUGGGCAUAUCAUGGACUCACAGCACAUUAAUUUUAUUUGAACACCAUCUACAAGAUUCAGUUUUUGAAAGAAGAAAGCUGAGAUUCUAAUGAGGAUGAAAAAGGGAAAAGAGGCCAAAACAAAAGGGAGAGAGGAAUCCCAUAAAAAUAGAAGGGAGACGGUGGAGUAAGGGAAAUAAAUGGUGGGGGAGAGAGAGCAAAUUAUAUUCUAACCAUAAUUAUAUAUCUAAGUAAAAAUGAACCCCAAUAUGAUGUAUAACUAUGAUGUACUAAUAAAAACAGAAAAAGAUUUCAUCCCAAGGUACCAGAAUAUAAUGUGGUAUAUUCAACUGCUUGUUUAUUUCUUGUUAUCAGAAUGAUAUUUUUCAUAAUGAGGAAUGCUAUAACUUAUUCUUCAUUGUUUUCAGAAUGUUUGGUCAAUAUUUCAUUGUGAACAUUUGGUUGUUUUCUCUAAUUCUCUGGGUCUUUUUAAAAAUAUAUUUAUUUUAUAGUUGGACACAAUACCUUCAUUUCACUCAUUUAUUUGUUUUUUUUAUGUGGUGUUGAGGAUCAAACCCAGGGUUCCGCGCAUGGGAGACGAGUGCUCUACCGCUGAGCCACUACCCCAGCCCUAAUUCUCUGGGUCUUUUAACAUUGUUCAGUUGAAUGUGUCUGAGGCAGUUUUGGCUAUAAGGCAGAUAAUACAGAAAACAAUGAAGAGUCAACGAAAUUGUGUUUUCCAUAACUGAGAAGUAUUGUUGAUGGUGAAUGAGUUAAAAUAUGGAUUCUUUUUUUGUCACCUCAAAUUUUUUUUAAUACUGGGAUUAAACCCAGGAUCACUCUACCAUCAAUCCACACCCCCAGCCAUUUUUAUUCUUUAUUUUGAAAGAGGUUUUCACUAAACUGCCCAGGCUGGCCCUCAACUUGUGAUCUCAGAUUCCUGAAUCUCUGGGAUUCCAGGGUUGUAUUACCUUGCCUGGUCCAAACUUCAACUUUUUAAAAAUUAAUUAAUUAAUUAAUUAAUUUUAAUUAGGUAGAUAUGACAGCAGAAUGCAUUUUGAUUCACUUUACACAAUUGCAGCACAAGUUUUUAUUUCUCUGAUUGUGUAUGAUAUAGUGUUGUCCCGUAUGUGCAGUCCUACAUGUAUCUAGGGUUAUGAUGUCCAUCUCAGUCACCAUCUUUCCUGCCCCCAUAAAACAUGGAUUCUUUAUUUGCAAAUAUGGAAUUUAAAUGUAAACAGAGUGCUCGGUGCCUGAUUGUGUAUUUGUCCUCUCCCAAAGUGUCUAAGGGAUAUGAAGUACAAAAUCUAAUAUGUGUCUCUGAAUUUCAACUGUCAAGUCUCAGGGGACCCAGACCUGCAAGCCAACUUCUUUGGACUGUUCCUGUCCAGGUACGUGGUCACAGUGCUUGGGAACCUACUCAUCAUCCUGGCUGUCAGCCUGGAUUUCCACCUCUACACCCCUUUGUACUUCUCGAUCUUUAUGUGUGUUUAACUGACACCUGUUUAAUAUCCAUGAUGGUCCCAAAGAUGGCUGUGGAUAUGCAAACCCAUAGCACAGUCAUCAGUCAUGUGGCUGCCUGACACAGAGGUCUCUUUUUUAUCAUUUCUGCAUGUAUGGAUGUUCUGCUUCUGAUGGCGAUGGCUCCUGAUUUGUGGCCAUUUGUCACCCCUGGCAUUAUCCAGGCAUGAGGAAUGCCUGCCUCUGUGAUUUCUUAGUUUUGUGUCAGUUAUGUUUAGCCUUAGAGACUCCCAGCUACAAUUUAAUAGUCUUACAUUUUAUCUACUUCAAGGUUGUGGAGCUUUCUAACUUCUUCUGGGAACCUUCUCCACUCCUUAAUCUUACCUGUCCUGAUGCUUCAUCUAAUGAUACAGUCCAGAAUUUUGUUGGCGUUUGUUUUUUUUUCCAUCUCAGAAAUCCUUUUUGCUUAUUAUAAAAGUAUUUCCUGCAACCUAAGAAUCUCAUCAUCAUGUGUGAAGUACAUAGCCUUCUCCACCUGUGGUUCUGAGUAUUUUUAUGGGACAAGCCAUGGUGUGCUUUGGUUCAGGUGUGUCACAAUCUUCCAGAAAGAGUUUUUACAUGUAGUCCUGUAAGUUUGUAGAUUUAAUUUCUCAACACAUUUAAUAAUAGAAUGGUAGUAGCCAGUGUUAUGGUGGAGAGGAAUGUGGAGUUUCAAAAAUGCGUGCAGCUUCCACAUAUGAGAGGAAAACAUUUGAUACUUGACUUUCUGAGUCUGGCUUAUUUCACUUAAUUUGAUGUUCUCUAGUUC